AUGAAGGUUCUUGGUGGUUUACCGAGAUAUUUCCAUAUCGAUCAUGCCGAAAUUACCAUCACCACACACAUCACUAAAUCUCUUAUUCGCUUAUUAUUAACCUUAAAGACGAGAUGCAAUUUGCCGGUUCCUUUUCCAAUCCCAGGGGGGAUUAUUGUGAGAGAUACAACCCAGGAAUCGCAUCUUAAGUCGAAUAUAUCUUCGGGACUACUUCAUAACCUGGUUUUACGAUUACGAAAUAAUAAAGUAGUUGUUCAAUUAUCAAAUAAGAAACAAUAUUCUGUAUACAUCGUCACCGGACUAGGACUUUAUCCUUAG